AUGUCGGAUCAAGACCUUGCCCAGAGUCCUACCAAUACCUCGACAACCACGCUGGGCACCCACCACCUACCACCAAGCAGCACCACAGCGGCCCCUGACACAGCACAGGUGGAGUCCGUCACCCGGAAGCCGUUGACUAAUACCCUGUGUCGCGAUGGAGCAAGCCCCACCUGGCGGGCUGGUACUGCGGCAGGGGUGGAGAACCCUGUCCCAGCUCCCACAAAUGCCUCAUCCACCCCCGCCGACCGGUUCGCUGUCUGCUGUCCCAUACCAGUUCCCGAUGACGAACCUACCCAGGUGCCCGUAUCACAAAAGAGACUCCCAAUGUGCGAACAGCCCGCGAAAGUCGGUAUGUGCAAAGCCAGUCUGCCAAGAUGGCACUUCAAUUCCAAAUCAGGGAAGUGUGAGUUUUUUCGGUAUGGAGGAUGUGAGGGUAACGCCAACAACUUCAGUUCGCUAGAAUCCUGCGAAAAUGCAUGUGGAAAACCUGGUGUCAGCUAUUGCUCUCUCCCUCCAGUAGUCGGCAGAUGUCGUGCAGCGUUCCACAGGUUCUAUUACGACUCCAAUGCUGGUGCUUGUAAAGAGUUCACUUACGGUGGAUGUGAAGGAAACGGCAACAAUUUUGUCUCACCUGCACAAUGCGAACAGUUCUGUCGGCCAAAAACUAUCUACGUAUAAGAGUAUUUAUAUACUUGUCAUGGUUUGGGGGACUGGAUACAUGUGACAGGAAAGGAAAUUUACGACUAUCAGUGCGAUGGACUGAAAUUAUGGCGUUUUAUUGUUUUGGUAAGCUAACCUCAACGUCCGCCAUCAACUUUAAACCGAUGAAAAUAUGAAUGAAAUGAAAAUGUCAUAGAUACAGGAAAUAGGCUACUGGGCACCUGUGAAAAUGUCUAACAUUGGUCAAUGGGGUGGCAUAAAUUCACAGAAUCCAGACUUCCAAAUGCUAUAUUAAUAUGCAAACACCCGAAAUUGCUUUUAAAAGCAUCUGUAUACUUAUGAAUCUGUUUUCUGUACGCUGUUAGGCCGUAUUUUCUUAUUCCUCUUCUAGGAUUUUUUUUAUGUCUGAUAAUCACCACUAGUCUGACGCCACCAAUUAAGGUGAUAUCGAAUGCAUUUUUUGUAGUGUUCUAAUUUUCGUUUGUGUGCUUUUUGCAGUGUCCUCAGAUAUUUAUCAUGCAACUUGUAUAACUAUUAUCAGUUAAGCAUGUAAAUUAUCGCAUACCAGCAUAUAACAUUUAAUAAUGAGGUGAACUUCGUGAGACAAAAUCAACAUGCUGGAUGACCUAACUCAUAUUUAUUUAUGAUCAUGUGUACAUUUACAUAAAUGCAGAUAUACAUUUGUCUUGUUAAAUCCGGUGGAGCGUGCAUAAUAGUAAGCUUCUGAAUUUGUUGCUAAGCUCGUAUGUAUACAUAGAUAACGUCAUAAUCAGUGCUCCGCGGGUCGGAUGUACACCAUUGCACAUGUGUAAAAAGAAAAGUACUUGAGUGUUAGGAUACAUUGAUCUAUGUUUUUCAUGUAUAUUUGUAAAAACAAUAAAUGCGUAAAAAAAACUUAAAUUCUUCA